AUGUUUGUACGAAACAGUGAUAGUUCUGCGAGUCCUUCUAUACUGAACUAACAAGAUGAGAACCGCAAUAUUUUUACUCUUAGUCAGUGUUAUAUCAUGUUACGCGGCAGAAGAGAAGGAUACUUAUUAUUAUCCGAAAGCACCGUCUGAAAUAUUCUUAAACGCGGCUAAGAAAUGCGUCGAAGAUUUAAGUUACAACUCUUCUAUCAUGGAUCAAAUUAUGCAAGGAAAAUACAUUGAAGAGGACAAAACCCUAAACGUUUUAAUAUGUGCAGCCGUAAAUACUGGAUAUGGGAAUGCAGACGGUAAACUGAAUGUCGAGAAGGUGGUUAAAGAAUUGUACCCAGAGAGGCAAGAUGUUUGGCCGAUUAUAGAGAAAUGCAACCUGGAACAAGUGACUAGCACGCCGUUGGAAACGUUCAAGGGCAUCGUGGUUUGUUUGAAAAAUAAUCUGCCUUUCAAAAUCAAGUUUCCUAUGUAAAUAAAGAUUUAGUUAUUAAACAAAUUUUAAACGUA